AUGGAUCUGGGAUCACACUCCACUCUAAACCAUGGUCUCAGCCUUCUACUUACUGAAGAACUAACUCCUCAACUGCAGCCUAAAGGUUUGCCAAAAAUUAAACCGAGCCCAACAGUAACACAAAGCAUUGUUUGUUGGUUAGCAUUUUCAGAACACCUGCAACAGACAGGAAUUUCAACUGGAUCACAAGAUAAAGCCUCAGUUCCUGAUUCUGGACCAGAAAUGGCUGAACAUCGGGUGGCUGUGGCUCCUGUGGUAACAUCAAAGCUGUCUGCUAAAGCACCUGAGUUUUAUCCACCAGGAUACAGCCAGAACUUCAAUCAGAACUUCACAGAUUCUCACUUUGACGAUAGAUAUGAUGGCUAUCUGACUUUGGCAGAAUAUGUACAAGACUUCCUAAAUCACCUUACUGAGCAACCAGGUUGUUUUGAAACUGAAAUAGAGCAAUUUGCUGAAGCACUGAAUGGCUGGGUCACUGCAGAUGAAGCUUUGCAAGAACUUGUCGAACUCGUCUAUCAACAGGCCACAUCUGUCCCAAAUUUUUCCUACAUGGGAGCACGAUUGUGUAACUACCUAUCUCACCAUCUAACCAUUAGUCCACAAAGUGGGAACUUUCGGCAGUUGUUACUUCAAAGGUGUCGGACAGAGUAUGAAAACAGAGAUGAAGCUACCAAAGGAGAUGAGACUACUCGAAAACAAUUUCAUGCCUUUGUGCUGUUCUUAGCCGAACUUUACCUGAACCUAGAGAUUAAAGGAACUAAGGGACAGGUAACAAGAGCAGAAAUUCUUCAAGAAGGCCUUCGAGAAUUACUAAAUGCACUCUUCUCUAAUCCUGUGGACAGUAAUUUGAUAUGUGCUGUGAAACUGCUGAAGUUGACAGGCUCAGUUUUAGAAGAUGCCUGGAAAGAAAAAGGAAAGAAUGAUAUGGAGGAAGUGAUUCAGAGAAUUAAAAACGUUGUGUUGGAUGCAAACUGUAGCAGAGAUGUGAAACACAUGCUCCUGAAACUAGUAGAAUUGCGAUCAAGUAACUGGGGUAGAGUUCAUGGAACUUCUCCUACUACAGAAGCUACCCCUGAAAAUGACCCAAACUAUUUUAUGAAUGAGCCGACAUUUUAUACUUCUGAUGGUGUUCCGUUCACUGCAGCAGAUCCAGAUUACCAAGAAAAAUACCAAGAGCUUCUUGAAAGAGAAGAUUUGUUUCCAGAUUAUGAAGAAAAUGGAACAGAUUUACCAGGAGCUGGAGAUCCAUAUUUCGAUGACCUUGAUGAUGGGAUGGAUCCAGAAAUUGAAGAAGCAUAUGAAAAAUUCUGUCUAGAAUCAGAACAUAAGAGAAAAGAGUGAGAUGUUAUACAUGAAUGUUAGUUUAUUAAACCAGUUUAGAUAUGGUUAUAAUACAUGGGGAUAAAAAAUAUUUGUACCACAAUAAGGAACUUGAGUUUCUCCAAGUACUAAAGUUACACAACUUCCUUUUUGUUUAGCAGAAUCUGCCAAAAAUUGUAAACUUAUGCCCUGUAACUUAAAAUGUUGUGUAUAUAUCAUAGUUUAUUUUAUGUACAGGUAUAUGAACAAUGUUUUGGCUGCAAUAAAAAAUAUUUUAAAGUUAUAAUAAUUGAAAUUAAAAUGUAAUGAGGAACUGUCCCAUAAGAUUUCCCUUG